CCCAAAAUUAUUGAAAUGGGGACAGCGCCGCGUGCGUCAGUUUGCAGCUUGCCGCACGCCUAGUAUGGAGCACGUGGUCUUGUUCAAGUGGAAGGAGGACGCGUCCGAAGACGCGAUCGCGGCCAUCGGCGCCGGGCUCAUCGCGAUGCGCGACAAGAUCCCGGGCGUCGUCGACCUCGCGUACGGCCAAGACUUUACCAUCAACCGCGCCAAGGGCUUCACGCACAUGCUCAUCGUGCGCCUCACGGGCCGCGACAUGCUUCCGGGCUACGCCGAGCACCCCGAGCACCAAAAGGUCCUCGUCAAGAUCCGCGAGAUCGCCGCCGACAUUAUGGCCAUGGACUUUGAGAGCCCGCGCUUCGCGCCGUCCGCUUAGAUGGAACAUGGUGCCAUUUCAAUUCACAAUUUUUGCCCUUGCUCGAGUUGAUGACAAAGCUUCAAGUCGACAGCCAAAACUGUAGUCGAUGGCCAAAAGUUUUAGUCGAUAGCCAAAAAAAAUAGUCACAGCAGCGAAUUGUAGUCGAUAGCCAAAAAUGAUGUCUAUGGUUCAAGCCUGGUG